GAGGGAGGCAGAGGCAGAGGCAACGCUGGUGAGGGAGGCAGAGACAGCGCUGGUGAGGGAGGCAGAGGCAGCGCUGGUGAGGGAGGCAGAGACAGCGCUGGUGAGGGAGGCAGAGACAGCACUGGUGAGGGAGGCAGAGGCAGCGCUGGUGAGGGAGGCAGAGGCAGCGCUGGUGAGGGAGGCAGAGGCAGCACUGACAGGCACGACCCCUGCCAUCAGCGUCCCACGCACCACACCACGACCCCUGCCAUCAGCGUCCCACGCACCACACCACGACCCCUGCCAUCAGCGUCCCACGCACCACACCACGACCCCUGCCAUCAGCGUCCCACGCACCACACCACGACCCCUGCCAUCAGCGUCCCACGCACCACACCACGACCCCUGCCAUCAGCGUCCCACGCACCACACCACGACCCCUGCCAUCAGCGUCCCACGCACCACACCACGACCCCUGCCAUCAGCGUCCCACGCACCACACCACGACCCCUGCCAUCAGCGUCCCACGCACCACACCACGACCCCUGCCAUCAGCGUCCCACGCACCACACCACGACCCCUGCCAUCAGCGUCCCACGCACCACACCACGACCCCUGCCAUCAGCGUCCCACGCANGACACACACCGCGUGACUCCUGACGAGGCUGCAAGUGACACACACCGCGUGACUCCUGACGAGGCUGCAAGUAACACACGUCACGUGACUCCUGACGAGGCUGCAAGUGACACACGUCGCGUGACUCCUGACGAUGCUACAAGUAACACACGCCAUUCCUGA